UCUCAACUUUAGCUCACAGUGUUAGGUCAGCAGAACAAACACUGACUGAUAAAAGAAAAGAGGCUGAAGUGGUUGUCAGAGAAAGGUGAUGCCCCCCAGCAUCUCUAGAUCCAUGAUUACUCUUCACUGUCGGCAAAAGGGCUGCCCCAUAGCAACUCUGCUACAUAUGAUGGGGACAGAGCUUUGCGCAAGGAUGAAAGCAUGGACUCUGCAGUAUGACACGGAAGCACUGCACUGGCUGGUGGUAGCAAAAGCAGGCAGAGGGAAUCAAAAAACCUUUUACUGAAGUAAUUAAAGCCAACAUCGGAGAUGCACAUGCAAUGGGACAGAGGCCAAUCACCUUCCUCCGUCAGGUAGUGGCACUGUGUACAUACCCAAACCUGUUGGACAGCCCAAGUUUUCCAGAAGAUGCCAAAAAGCGAGCCAGACGGAUCUUGCAGGGUUGUGGAGGAAACAGCUUAGGAUCUUACAGUGCCAGUCAAGGUAUAAAUUGCAUCCGUGAAGAUGUUGCUUCAUAUAUUGAAAGAAGAGACGGAGGGGUUCCUGCAGAUCCAGAUAACAUAUAUCUUACCACUGGGGCAAGUGACGGUAUUGCUACAAUUUUAAAGAUCCUGGUCUCAGGAGGUGGAAAAUCCCGAACAGGAGUGAUGAUCCCGAUACCACAGUAUCCUUUAUAUUCAGCAGCCAUAUCUGAACUAGAUGCCAUCCAGGUGAACUACUAUUUGGAUGAAGAAAAUUGCUGGGCUCUAGAUGUGAACGAACUUCGCCGUUCCUUGAAUGAAGCUAAGGCGUAUUGCAAUCCAAAAGUCCUCUGCAUCAUCAACCCUGGAAAUCCCACAGGACAGGUGCAAAACAGAAAGUGCAUUGAAGAUGUGAUACACUUUGCUUGGGAAGAGAAGCUUUUUCUUCUGGCUGAUGAGGUUUACCAGGACAAUGUGUACUCUGAAGGAUGCCAGUUUCAUUCUUUCAAAAAGAUUCUGUAUGAGAUGGGACCCGAGUACUAUAACAAUGUUGAGCUGGCCUCUUUUCACUCCACCUCUAAGGGAUACAUGGGCGAAUGUGGCUACAGAGGAGGUUACAUGGAGGUCAUUAACUUGCACCCAGAAAUUAAGGGACAGCUCGUUAAGCUGCUUUCUGUUCGCCUUUGUCCUCCAGUCUCAGGACAAGCGGCAAUGGAUAUUGUAGUGAAUCCUCCAAUACCCGGAGAAGAAUCUUAUUCACAGUUCAUAAAGGAGAAGGAGUCUGUUUUGAACAAUCUUGCCAAAAAAGCCAAACUAACAGAAGACAUGUUUAACAAGGUACCAGGAAUUCACUGCAAUCCACUUCAAGGAGCUAUGUAUGCUUUCCCACGGAUCUUUAUUCCUUCCAAAGCCAUUGAGGAAGCAAAGGUGCAUAAAAUGGCACCUGAUAUGUUCUAUUGCAUGAAACUUCUGGAAGAGACCGGAAUAUGUGUUGUACCUGGAAGCGGAUUUGGCCAAAGAGAAGGAAGCUACCAUUUCAGAAUGACCAUUCUUCCUCCAGUAGAGAAGCUGAAGAUCCUACUGGAGAAAGUGAAAGACUUCCACAUAAAGUUUCUUGAAAAAUAUGCAUGAAACUACUGUGGCUUUUUCCCCUCAUCCCCUCCCCUUCGAGGCGAAUGCAGAAAAUGAACAAAGAUGUGCUGAGAAUGUGCUGUUCAUCUGAUUUAACUAAAUUCAAAGUAGAUAGAACCAAUCUCAGAUACUGCUACAACUUAUUGGACUAUUAAAUAUAAUGUCUGGUAUAGAAGACGUUGUUACACCAACUGUUUUUUUAAGGGGAAGGGGAGAAUGUGAAGAAAGUGGUGGAGGAAAGAGUCAGUAAAUGAUUUUGUGCCUUGAUUGGAAGUUACAUUUGUGGACUUUUGACUCAAUAGGUUGGGGAAGGGAGUUGCUCAUUAAAUUACUACUGUUGCGUGGUUGUUUUUUUUUACAAAACAGAAAUGCCAAGAGUAAUUGUUUAGCUAGGAACAUGUUUUCCAUCUUAAAAUUCUACCAAACAAAAAUUCAAAAGCCUACAUCAUAGUUAUUGUUUGGUUUAAUUUUUUUGUUGUUGUUAACUAUGAAGUGUUCUCCAAAUCUGAUUAAGCAUGUAGGUAUAGCGUGCUUAUUUUAAAAAAAAAAUCUUUGGCAGAUGUGUGCAGAUACCUUUGAACUUCUGUUAAAAAGAAAUCCUGCCAUCACAGCAUAAUCUGAGUGGAAUAUACAGUUUUGAUUGGAGGAGUGAAUAUGGUAUCUGCUUGAACCCUAUUUUUAUGAAACUGAAACAUAAUGAAGAAUAUUAGCUUCUUAUUCAAAUGCUAUUCAACACUAUCUAAGCAUAAGAUGAGAGCACUGAACACUUCUUGUAACAACUCCAGGAGUCUCCUGUUAACUCAUAUCUUUUAUAUACAUGGAACAUAGGAAGUUACUGUCUCAAAGCAGAUGUGAGCAGUGUCAAUCCUUUCAAGUAGGGUAAAAUACAGUACUAUUUCAGAAUCGCUUUAUCUAUGGAGAACAUUUGUUUGGAACCACAUGACUGAGAGACCCGUUAGCUCGCCAAAAUCCAGCCUGAACUGGCAAGGACUAAUGAAUGUUGUUACCAGGAGAAAUGCUGGGGGUGGUUUCUAAUGAAGGGAAAGGUAUUUAAAGGAGAAUGUCUUGCACCAAGCAUAUAGAUAAUGAUGGUACAGCUCACUUAAAUCUUACACAGCCAUACUGCUGGCUGAAUGAUCCUGCGUGCUAAGCCAGGUUGCUGUCUAGGAGUAUAGCUCUCUUAGUCUACUAACCUAUGCUAGUUUCCCUGCACAAAGAAGGCUUCAGUUUCUCUAGAGUUAGAAGCUGGACACCUUCUGCUAGCACUGAUAAAAGACUGAAGGAACAUAGCUUCCAGUAUUCAUCCAUGAAAGCAUUAGCAUUUGUCAGGCUUAGGCUUAGCAUUACAAAGUUUAUUCAUUAAAAAUAUCUCAUUUAAUCUAGUCAUUAAUUUUAAGUUAUUAGUUAGAAGUAAACUCAUUUUAAUGCCUACUAGCACUUUGUUAGGCUGCCUUUGUAGCUGGUUCGACAUCCUAUGCUGAUCCAGGUUACUAAAGCCAAGGGCUAGAGAAUCACCAUACGGAUAAAGCAUGUGCCAAUCUAUUAUGUGUGGAAGACAAGAGAUGUUGCCAACAAUUGCCCUUGCAACAGCAGCUACUAGUCUAUGAAAUAGCAUUAACAGUUGGUGUACUUCUCACAGUUCCUUACUGAAGUCUGUGAGAAGAAUUUAGUACUUCUCAGUCACCUGCCAGUGGUCACAGGUUCGUAAAUGAAAAUGGCACGCUGCUACACAAAGUUACUAUGAAGGCUUGGAGGAAAAAAAAUUAUACUUUAAUCCUUAGAGAAAUGGACUUUUUGGAGGACAGCAGACUGAAAACACAUUGCUACUAUCCAUUGAUAAAUACCUUUUAUCUGUUAGCACCCUCCACUUGGCAUCCUUAAUAUGCACUAAUAAAACAAAUCCAGAAAGCAAAACUGUAGUAAGAGGUCAGAAUACUGAUGUAAAAAUAAGACAAACAGCACUUUCCUAUUCUAGGAAUGUGUCCAAAUCAGAUCUGGCUUUGGACUCGUAAUGCUGUGUAGAUUGAAGCUAAGAUCUAACAACGGGAGUUAGAAUAUUUUUUUAUAUUUUUGUAACUACAGCUUUUUCAUGGGGUAGUAUUUGUAAUCUAAUAAGUCAAUAGAUUUUAUAUUUGCCUUGCAUUUGCACCUGAUACUUCUGGAAAAAAAAAUGUAAAGGUUUACAAGUUUCUAAUGAUAAUUUACAGGUGUGAAAGGCUUUUUGUUUUAAGUCAGGACAGCAAUUCUUACACUUUUAAAUCAAAAUAUAAUGGCAUAAACUGAGUUUUUUCUAAACAUUCUAUUAUGGUGCCUUUUAUGUUUCUGACAUUAUAAGGGAUAACAAUUUGUUCUUGAUGCAUCUCAUAUGGAAGGGUGGUGAUUUCUAUUGUCCAUCCACAAUAUUUGUAUGUACUGUGAUAAGGUUAAUGUGCAUUUUUGUGGAACAAUCCUGUAAAGCCAAGAGGCUUAUUUUCAAUGUCUCUGAAAUAUUUCAUUAAUAACAGACAAUCCUUACUUUCAAAUGCAUGCUUCUAGGUUUGAUUUUCCUACAGGUGCUCCUUAUAAUGGUACUUCAGAUGUAUGAGACUUCCAAAUAAUAAAGCACAUGUUAAAAAAAAAAAGGUAAUAGUUCUCCAUUUCCUGUGUCACUGAAGCAACACUUGCUGGAUUGCAUUAUGAGGCAUUUAACUUCCUGUCAAACUAUUAUUUACUUUAAUCCAUGUACUUGAUCAUCAAUUUUUGCGUCACUCAAAUUUAUUUGUCAAACUUGUUACCACGAAACUAUUCCCUACCAACACAGAACUGUAUGUAGAGAUGGUCUUACGCAUGUUUUAUGCUCAUAAUUAAUCAUAUCUUUUUAUGUAAGGAGUUGUAACCAAGAGUUAAGCAAGCCAGGCUUCUUUCUUCACAGAGAGGAUCAGUCAGUUGAGGCUGAUCAACUGUGGCCUGAAACCUUUGGUGAGGGGUUUGUUUGGUAUCGUUGGUUGUUUCCUCUUUAAAAACUUCUUACAUAGCUUCUAUGAGAUUACAUUUACAGAGCAACACAAUCUUGUCUUUUUGCAGUGACACCUCAGAAUUACUUCAGUGGUAUUUGUCUGGCAAUUCAAAAGAAAAUUAAGUUUAGGGAAAGGGGAGCUAGUCCUGCUUCCCUAAACACAUAUGCAUAUGCCAGCACCACUAAAAAAAAAGCAAAAGCAGGCUACUCUCUUCUUUGUAUCAGGUAUUGGAGUGUUCUCUGGAGCAGAAACAUUUCACUGGGUGUUUUGGGGAGUAGGUUGUUUGUUUCACAAAAAAGAACACGGUCUGAUAUAAAAUGGUUAUAUUAUGAAUUGUCAGUCAGGCAAGUUUUUUUUGAGUGAUAUCCCAUGGCUGUCCCAUCUGGAUCGGUUAGAUAAGGGUACUGUGCCAGACGCAUAUGAUACAGAAAAAGCUACUAACUUCAGAGAGCUUGCAACAUCAACUAUGUACACUGUGUGAAAACCAAUGGUGUUUUAAAACACUAUCUAAAUUCCUUUUUAUGCAGGUCCUUGGUCAGUAAAGAAUACAGGUUUGAUCAUUUAUACAAAACCUAAGGUACUCAUACCUGUGGUGUGAUUUUUUUAUUUGGAUGCAUGUAAGAUAGUUAAGUUUCUGCAAGGAAUUUACUUUUAAGGAUACGGCUUUGAAUGUUUUUAUACAUUCAAUACUAAGUGUAGUCAUGCCUUUCUAAUGUUCCUCAUUAUUACAUGUUUAUUAAAUACUCUCUUCACCUGAUUAGAAUUUACACAACCUGUAACCAUUUGCAUCAGGCAGAACAAGUAAUUCACUUCAUUAGUUUUGAAGCACUGCACAUUCUGCACACUGAACAGCAGUAAAAUAGCUGAAACCAAAGCUCAGCUCCGAAACAGGGUCCUUCCUACACAGGAAAAAGGUUUCCCAAGUGCCUGUCCCGGCCCUGGGCCUGUGUUCGACACCC